CUGUUUUUAUACAUUGAUGAUUGAUGGGUAGUGCCUCAGUGAUACAAUGUAUCCAUUUACAUGCGAGUUAGUAGUGGGCAAGAGACAUGUAAACGGAAAGACAACCACUGGGCAAAUGCAAAACUCCAGUCAAACGACAGCCGCGACGGAGAUGGCGACUGCCCUGGUGCGCGUACCCGCGCGGCCGCCGCCGCCUUGAUCUCCUCGCUCCGGUCUGCUGCGCGUCCGGCGUGCCCAGAUCCGGCACCCCCGUGCCGCGCUCUCUCCUCUCCUUCAGUCCGCCUCUCCGUUCAUUCGUCCGCCAUGGCUCCCCAAGCUCCGACGUCGGCGGCCGCCCCGACCUCUUGGGAACCUCCUGCCGGUGUCCUCCCUGCUUCAACGACGGCGCCCGCUCCGGUCUUUCGGGCGCCUCCUGCCGGCGCCACCACCGGUACGACGACGGAGGCCGCCCCGGCCUCUCUGACUCCUUCUGACGGCACCACCACUGCUACAACGACGGAGGCCACCUCAGCGUGUCUGCCGCUGCCCUCUGUGAACGGCGCCGCCACGACUUUCCUUGCCUUCCGCAAGGCCGACCCGGCCGUGCGGGGACGCCUGCAACUGCUGCGGCCCUCCACAACCAAGACGCGGGCCAGCUCCGAUCUGAGCCUGGCGACUCCGACGCCUACCACGCCGCCUGUCGCUGCUGCCGAAGACGAUGGUCUUCAUGGAGCUCCCUUUGUUGGCCCCGAUUUAGGUGCAGCCCCCGACGCCGCUGUGCGGACCCCGCAGCCGCCAUUGGCCGUGUCGUGGGCUUCCCUCAUGGACAACGUCUUCAGCAUUGAUGAUGAAGACGAGCUCGCCCCGCUGACGCCGUUGGCUGCGAGGUGCUCCAGUGGGGUGAGCGAUCCGGCUGCCGCUGCUGUUGUCGCUGCUGCUCCUGAGGCGUCUUUGGACCAGGGAUGGGUGAAGGUGGGGGUCCGACGUUGUUCGGCGUCGCCGACAUUGGCUCUGGCUCCCCGGCCUAUCCCUGCCUGGCUUCGCGGUCGAUGCUGCAGAUGCCUCGCCCCUGGACACCGGGCGACGGUUUGCAGAGAUCCCUUCCGAUGCUCUCGUUGCUUGGAGAACGGUCAUCGUGCUUGUGACUGCCGCAACCCAUGGCGUUCUCUCAGCUCUCUGGCAUAUCUUGUUGUCCCGCCCGUCUCUCGCCUUGGCAUCCAACAUUGUCAACCUCCUACUCCAAGAGAGGCCCAAUUAAAAUCCACACUCCCUUCCGUUGCGCUUCAUCGUGGAUCUUGGGCGUCUCUGGUUUCUGCUUCCGCUAGCCCGGCAUAACCAUCCAUUGAUGUGCUUCAGACCGCUCUGGCUGAUCAGACCGAGUUGCUUCAGGGUUGGCAGACACGUAUUGAGAGCUUCCUGGAACGGGCUGAGGCUGCUUUGAGCAGGCUCUCCUUUUUGCCGGCUACGUUUCCACGCAGACACCACUCCCUCAUGUUGGCUCCACGGAGGACGAAGGGGCAGAUCCUUAUGGUUGUUUCUCCCCUCGUGUUCGGGACAAUUCAUCAUUGAUGUCUACUUCGUCUGUUGUGCAUGUCGAUGUGGGCGAGUCCAUCGCUGUGCUUGCGACUCCGGUGCUACAGCUCAUGCCCGAGCUUCGGGACAUAUGUUCGAGCCCUGCUUCGCCUCUGUCCUUGGAGCGGUUGGAAGUGGACUCGUCGACAACCUUGUGUGAGGGGCAUGUUUUGCCUCUGUCGUGUGAGCAACUGGAGGCGCCGAAGUCCAUUGUGUCGAUGGUUCCUGUGGUGGAGGAUGAUGUGUUGGGGGUUCCUCGGGCCGAUGAUGUCGAUGCGGCCGGUUUGUUGGUGCCUGCCCCUAGUAGGAGCCCCUUGGUUGAUGACAACUACAUCAAGAAGCACAAUGAGUUCUAUGAUUUUCUUGACAAAUGGGUGGCGGAUCAGUCUGGACCCGGCAUCACAAGUGGUUGCCUCCCCAAAAAGAAACCCAAUAGGGAGAAAGCAAAGAGAAACAAAAGCAAGAAGGGCGGUGUUAUUCGGAAGACGCCCACGAUUUCACGAUGGAGGGUGCUCCGUUUUUAUCGUGGUCGAUGUUCUUGUGUGAAGCUCCGCUGUGUUGUACAAGUGUCAAGGGUUUCGGUUGUGGUGCAUUGGGAGGGCCACAUGUGCGGUCACGGUGUUUCCUGUUCU